GAACAAAUCAAAUGUCAUCUAAUGUCAAAGAAAAUUGAUUAAUUUUAUCGUCUUCUUUACGAAUUUUAAUUCAUGUUUUCUUAAAUUUGUACUGUGCAUACAGUAAAAACUAGAUUUAUUAGUGUUUAGUAGUCUUAUAAUUUUGUAUCUUCACGUAAAUUAUUUGCAAUGGCAUCAGAGGCGUUGGCGACUGCUGGAGGAGAGAUACGAGAGAAUUUGGUAACAACCGCAGUAUCGUUCCUAACAAAUCCAAGCGUACAAAGAUGCACUCUAGAAAGCAAGGAACGGUUCUUACGAAGCAAAGGCCUCACAGAUCUAGAAAUACAGAAAGCUAUAGGAAAAUGUGCGGAAAUGUUAGACGUGCCAUCUAUGACUUCGGAACUCAUGUUCUUCCAUCAACCGAGAAGGUCUUGGUUUAGAGACAAUGUACUGCCGUUGAUGGUGUAUGGAGGUUUUAUGUACGGAUGUUACUGGUUUUAUAAGAAUUACGUCCGACACCUCUUAUUCGUGGAACAACCAAAGCGCAAAACCACGGCGGAAUGUAUAGAAGAGCUGCGCAAGAGUGUGGACAUAUUAAAUGCUAACUUCACGUCGCUGCGCAGUGAGAUGCAAACAAAUGCACAUCAGAGCUCUAUGAGAUCACAGCUUGAUACUAUCAAGUCUGAAGUUGCUUCUGUUAAGGCGAUUAUGUUAAAUAGAAACCAAUUCCCAGCUUUAAAAACUCGCCCGAACCCGCCUUCCAUCCCCGACUGGCAGCGGCAGUCAGAAGAGGCGACCUCCACAGAAGUUCCUCAAGAAGAGAAGAAGAAGACUCACAGAAGCCGCAGCCAGAGGUCCGAGUCCGGAGGGUCCAACUCCAGCGAGGGAGAACAGGCUACCAAGAAUAGUGACAGCAGUUUGGAGAUUAUUACAUGAAAACGUCUCGUCAAGUACUACUACAAACGCAGCCGGUAAUAGGGCGGUGCCACACGGACGGACAACACGACACAGGUAUAUAGUGAUUGUGUUAUGUGGGACUUGAAUAUAUAUAGUGAUACAAAACCUCCUCUGACGUAAUGCAAUAUUGUUAAUAGGAUUUAUAGAUCUGGUAACAUUGGGACUAAGGAACAAAAUGGCCGAGAUAUUACAGGUGAAAUUAGCUUUAAUUUCAAAGACGAUUUAGUAAUGAUUUUGCUUUCUCAGAAAUUUUAACUUUGCAUUUAUUUGAAAGGUUUUUGAUCAAGAUCAUCCUCUGAAAUUAAAACUGGAAGCAUUUAGCAUCUUUCAUAACAAAAAAUAUUAAUCUUAGUCCACUGUCACUUCAUCUAAAAAGUCCUAAUAAGUAGUAGCAAAAAGGAUUUGCUAUAAUGAAAGUAUUAUUUGCUAACGUAAUUUUAGAUUCUAAACACACGGGUUUAGAGUCCAAAAUUCUAUGUUAGUUGAAGCAGUAAAAAUAUUGUAUAGAGGAUUUUUGUCGGUAUUGUGGCUGCAAUCAUGUUUUCGUUUGUAAUAAAUUUUAGUUAGAAUUUUAUAUUGAAUUGAAAUUGGAGUAGAUUUGUUUUGUAAUAACUGUAAAAUGAAAUUUUGGUGAAUUUUCUUAAUACUGUGCAAAAAAAUUAUAGUAAUACCUACCUAUUUUAUUUAUAUUAUCCAAUUUUCAGCCUUUUGUGCAUUUGGUUUUAUUGAUAAAUGAAAAUGUGUCGUUUUUAUGAGUUAAAACAAAUGAUUACAACCCUUCUGAAUUUGGGUAGAAAAAAAAUGCUACUUUGCAAAUAUGACAUUUGCCAUUUCCAGUGUUUUUACUCUAGAAUACCACUUACAGGUUGAUUCUUCCAUAUUACGAACCUGUAUUUAUUUGUAUAAUUUAAAUCCAUUUUCCCACCUCUAAAUAGCUCUGUUUUAUCACUCAAUGCAAUUUCAUACAAAAUAUUCUUUCAUUCAACAGCCAGAUAUUUAAAUAUAAUUUUAUUUAUUGGGUUAACGACAAUACCAACUAUACAUUGUAUACGUAUUCGAUAUAGUAUAGCGUUGACUAAUUUUCAACCUAAACCCCUAAGCAAUACGGUAGAAAAUUAGUCAGCAAAUAGCUAUAUGACUCCUAUAAUUAUAGAAAUUUGUGAUGGCUACUUGGUCUAAUUUGCCAAUUAAUAUAAUUAGUAUUGUGUGAUGGUUUUAAAGGUUUAUGUAGUUGUAUAUAGGUAGAUAUGCGCUCGUUUAUAGACACAAAAUAAUUCGGUUUUUUAUAGACAUGACACUAUUACGGGUCAGUAAAAGUACAAAUCGUGGCGUUUUCAAGACAUAUUUUAAAAUAACUACCAAUUAUUUUGUGUUUAAAACGAGCAUUAGACUAAUAAAUUCGCAUAAUCAUGUUUGUUACGCUGUAAACUAAAUUUAGUCAUUAUUUCUUUUGUUGUUAUAAUUUGUAGACUUUUUAUGGGCGUAACAAGAUAAAUUGUAAUGCAACUUAGAACCUCCUUGAAAAGUAAAGGCCGCGUUUUAUUUUUUAUUUGAUAUUAUAGUCCGAAAUUGUACGACCCGGUAAUAAAUGUUGCCACAUGACUGUAUUUUAUUACGCCCAAUAAUACAUUCGGUACCUGACAGGCGCCCAAACUUGUGUAAAUUAUUUUCCUAAAAUUGUAUGAAAUAUUUAACAUUGAAUUUUAAUAUAUAACUUCAUUUUUGAAUAAUUAUUUCAUUUAUUCAUAUUAAUUUAAAAUUGCUCAGUGAUUGUAUUUCCAAGUUAUCUAAAAGACUUAUCGUUGUAUUAAAUGUACAACAUUCCAUAUUGGUGUACCCGCGUCGUGAUAAAUAAACCAAAAUAAUAAUGAUAAA